AUGUGUACCAUAUCCUUCCAGUCUGGAUGGGGUUCUGGAUGGGGUCCUCGCGGCUGGAUCCCGGUGACCGAGACCCACACUGCGCGGUUGCGAGCCAUGAACGUGGUGCUUGCCGCCGCCACUCAGUGGUUGUUCAACUUUAUCAUUGUCCAAACGACCACGGGCGAGGCCGGCUAUGUUAGUGCUAUUCCGCGACAACCGAGACCAGGUUUACGUAUUGGACAACAAUCUGCCAACCAUGGGCAACAGUUGGACACUUUCUUCAUGUUUGGUAGUUUCUGUAUCCUCAUGGGCAUAUUCGUGUGGUUCUUUGUGCCAGAGACCAAGGGCCUCAUCCAAGAGAAGACGUACGAACUGUUUGGAGUGACGGAGUUGGUCAAGCGGCUGGGCAACGACUCGGAGAGCAACGACUCAGAGACGGGUGCCACGGAGCUACGCAGCAUCCGGGAAGAGCCGGUCGGCACCAAGGGUUAA